CGUGUCAGCGUGUCAUGUGAUGUCGCAUUGAGUCAAACAUUAGCUCCUCGGUCUUUUCUGCUUCUUGUCUCUGCGCUGAGACACUGUGGGACAGACAGACGCUGUCAGACGACGUCAAACGACGUUAACAAGACACGUUGGACUUCAUUAGUUCUCUCCCAGCAGGCUGUCAGAGGAGCAUGCAGCUGUGUGUCUGUCCAUAACAAGCCAGCAUGACUCUGCAGAUGUGGAUCCUGGGCCUGGUUCUGCUCGGCCUGAGCUCGGCGCUGGUCUGUCCUGAUGGAAGCAUGUGCGAGGACAGAAACACCUGCUGCAAGAACAACGCGGGAGGAUACGGAUGCUGCCCGCUACCUCACGCCGAGUGUUGCUCGGAUCACCUCCACUGCUGCUUCGCGGGGACGGUUUGUGAUCUCGUCCACGCCAGAUGUGUCAAUGAAACGGUCUCUCUGCCCUGGAUGAGACGAGUUCCCACCAAACAGCUCAGCGGAGUGAAGGCGGUCAUUUGUCCGGACCAAAUGUCCGAGUGUCCCGACGACACCACUUGCUGCCAGCUUGUCGACGGCUCCUGGGGCUGCUGUCCAUUUACAAAGGCGGUGUGCUGUGAGGAUAAACUCCACUGCUGCCCCGAGGGAACAAAGUGUGAUAUUUCUCACUCACGAUGUGUGUCUGCCUCGCUGGGAUCGUUCCCCAUGCUGGAGAAACUGCCCGCCAGACGGAGAGAGAAUAAAUCAGUCAGUUCAGUGACUUGUCCUGGUGGAAAACUCAGCUGCCCGGACAGUUACACCUGUUGUCUGCUGACCAGCGGAGACUUUGGCUGCUGCCCUUUCCCAGAGGCCGUGUGCUGCAGCGAUCAUGUCCACUGUUGCCCUAGCAACACAAUAUGCGACCUGGAGCAAGAGGUCUGCAAGUCCGGUGAGACGCAUGUGCCGAUGCUGAAGAAGAUCUCUGCCGCUGUGUCCAACGAUGUUCCGUGUCCGGACAAGAAGUCGUCCUGCCCCGACGAGACCACGUGCUGCAUGAUGACCAACGGCACGUACGGCUGCUGUCCGAUGCCCGAUGCCGUCUGCUGUUCAGAUCACAUCCACUGCUGUCCUGCAGGCACAGAGUGUGACCUCGUCCACAGCACCUGUAAUCCAGCUCAGGGAGAAGCCAGCAUGGCCGUCAAGAUCCCCGCCGCCGCCGCGACGGAGCUGAAGGCGGCGCAGAGCGAAGGUCGUCUGUCAGUCGGUGCCGUCCCCUGUAACGACUCUGUUGCCUGCGCUGACGGAAGCACCUGCUGUAAAACUACACAAGGACAAUGGGCCUGUUGUCCACUGCCAGAGGCCGUGUGUUGUGAGGACCACCUGCACUGCUGUCCCCACGGCACCGUCUGUAACCUGGCAGCUUCCACGUGUGACGAUCCCACGGGCGGCGCCGUCGUGCCCUGGCUUAGCAAAGUGCCCGCCUUCCCCUUAUUGACCGACAACAACAAGUGCGACAAGUCGACGUCGUGUCCGGGAAAGUCCACCUGCUGUAAGACGGCGAGCGGAGGCUGGGCCUGCUGUCCUCUGCCUCAGGCCGUCUGCUGUGACGACCACGUCCACUGCUGCCCUCACGGUUCAGUCUGUAACCUGGAGGCUGAGAGCUGUGACCAGCCGUCGGGUCGCCUGCCGUCCCUGCCCUGGGUGGAGAAGGUGCCGGCUCUGGCGUCGGAGGUUCAGGAUGAGAAAUGUGACAAGCAGACGAUGUGUCCGGGAGGAACCACCUGCUGUAAGAAAGACUCUGGAGUGUGGGCCUGCUGCCCCUUACCUCAGGCUGUGUGCUGCAGCGAUCACGAGCACUGCUGCCCCAAAGGCUACAAAUGUAACGUGGCCGAGCAGACGUGUGACAAGCCCGGCGGCCUCAGCCUCCCCUGGCUGCAGAAGAUCCCGGCCCUGCAGAAGGAGCCCAGCCGGGCUGUUUCCGGUCCGGCCAGGAACAUGUGCGACGGCCAAACAAGCUGCCCCAGAGACACGACCUGCUGCUUCAUGGACAAGAGCCACAAAUGGGGCUGCUGCCCUCUGCCGAAGGCGGUCUGCUGUAAGGAUGGAAACCACUGCUGCCCCAGCGGUCACACCUGUCAGCCUCACCGGUCCUCCUGCUCGAGGGGACCUCACGUCAUUCCGUGGUUCACCAAACUGAGCGCCAUGACGGAGCCGGGCACCGUGACGGACGUUAAAUGUGACGACAAGAGCAGCUGCGCUUCGGGAACGACCUGCUGCAAGCUGCAGACGGGAGAGUGGGGCUGCUGCCCUCUGGUCAAGGCCGUUUGCUGCGAGGACCACGAGCACUGCUGUCCUCAGGGUUACACCUGCAACAUGCAGACGGGAACCUGCGAGAAGAAGAGCCACGACGUGCUCGUCCUCACCGUCCCUCAGAGUAAAGUGGUACGGCCCGACCCAGCAGAGGACGACGACGACGUGCCGUGUGACAGCGCCGGAGAGUUUCGCUGCCCCGAGCGAGACACGUGCUGUCGGAUCUCCGCCUCGGAGUGGGCCUGCUGCCCCUCGCCACGGGCCGUCUGCUGCUCCGACUCCAAGCACUGCUGUCCUGCAGGAUUCUCGUGCGACCUGAAGUCCGGAGGUUGCACCGCUCAGAGCUCACAGCUCACCUGGGACUCUUUGUUUGGGGACAGAAAGAAAGACUUAAUCCAGCGCGGACUUUAAUCCCGAUCCUCGUCAGCCUGGAUCCAUCUGCAGCUUUUUUUUUUUUUUUUUUUUUUUUUUUUUUUGUCCGUCGUGGGAGUGAAUUUAAGAAGUUCAUGGAGGAAACGCUGAAACACUCGUUAUAAUGAAGUAGAAGCACUUUGGUAGGAAGGAGUAAUUCGACAUGAAGGUGUUUUAUAUUUAUCAUCAUCACGCGACAUGAGAGCUUCAGGACACACCCGGCUCAGAUCUGAUGUGUGUCCUAAAGUUUUGGCGUCAUUCUGGAUUUUUCUUCUCGUUUCUCAUGAAAAGAUGAAAACAAACAAAACUUUCUUCCUCUGUUCUGAAUUUGUCGUAAUUAAUCGCAGGGUUUGAUCGUUUUUCUGCCUGUGCACACGCUGGAAGUUAACCAGACUUCUGUUUGACCGUUUACAGCUUCACAUUUAAGUCGUGGUUCUUUAUUUUUCCUCCCAACACACAAAAAAAUCCUCUAUGGAAAAAUAACAAAAUCAUUCCUGAACGGUGAUGUUGGGAUGUGACGGGGAAUCAUGAGGCAAAUGUGCCAAGGUAAAUAAAGUUAUAUCGUGAUUAUUUAGCGCUUUCUUUUCGGGUUAGUCGCAAAUUUCUUUUUUUGGGGGAGGGUGUGAACAUUUGUUAAACUCAUUUAUGUAUAUUUACUUUAGUUUCAUGAUUUACCGACGAUAAGAAAAUCCAGAAACUCGCCGGCCGACUUCUUUUUGUUUCUGUGCUGUUCGAUUUCUCUCUGGGGAAGAGGAACAUGAAUGUUAUUUUAAAAAUCAAACUCAUUUGGUGUUUCUAAGAAUGAAAGUUCACGUCUUGGUUUAGAGGAAGCAGCGUUUCCUCUUGUAAAGCUUCACGGGCUGUUGAAGCUGUUGAUCGUUCAUCUGUUUAGAUUUCAUUUCAUCUUCUGUGAUUGAAUGUCACGUAACAGUUUCUUAGAAUUGAAAUGAACCAUGAAAGACUACAGAUAUCUUGUGCCUUCUGUAAUUUAACUCUAAGAAGUGCCGGUCAGUCGGGGAGAAGUCACUCCAUCAUUUUGUGUUUUUAUCUAAACAGAGCCAGGAAAUCAGAGCCGAGUACGCGUUGAUGUCACACGGAGACAAAUCGAGGCUCCAUCAGCUCAUCCAUCUGUGAUCCCAAACACUAAACGAGCUCCUCGAGGUCGUAGCUGUCCUGAAUCCUGAAUCCUGUAACCGGGUGGAUUUAUUUUAUAUAGCCGGUGGGCAAAUUGUCGUUUUAUUAAAUCGACUUUCUAUGAAUAAAGAUCGGACACAUCCUGAAAUAAUCUGAACCCGUGCUCAGCAUCCACGUCAUGUCACAGCUACUUUUAGAGAUUUGUCUCUGUUCAUUAAUGUGUUUUUGUUUUUUCUGUCCUCCGGCCUUUUAAAGGAAGGUUUUGAGGAGGCGGCAGUGAAAUAAAGUUCUUCAAAAUAUCA